AUGAUUUUAUUUAUAAGGCACGGAGAAAGAGCAGAUAUGGUUGAUAAUCCAACUGAAAGGAAAAAGGUUCUAUUAAAAUUUGAUCCCCCUCUAACAGAAAAAGGUGAGUGUUAGGCAAAAAUUACAGGUGAACAAUUAAGAAUAUAAAUCGAAGAAUUUGCAAAUCAAAAGUAAAUGAAAACUUAUGAUUUAUCAAUUGUAAAAAAUAUUUUAGAAAUUUAGAAUUUUAUGUCCUCACCAUUUUUGAGAUGCAUCUAAACUGCUUUGAUUUUGAUGAAAGAGAUUCCAAAUAAUUCCAAUCUAUAUAUUUAAGAUGAAAUUGGAGAAUUAAUGUACUCUCAUUCAUUUAAUUAAAAUGUAUUGAUGUAAUUACAUCUCAACACCGUGUAACACCCAAUUUUAACAAUUGAUUAUAUUAAAGGAAUUUAAAUUAGAAAAGAAAAGUUAUUUAAUGCUAAUCUACCUUAGCCUAAAUAUCCUGAAGAGUAAAACUAUUGUUAACUUCGAGUUGGUAAGUUUUUUUAAGAAUUAUUAACACAUAUGAAGUAGUCUUCGAAUAAAAAGAAUUCCAUUUAUAUAUGUAUAACACAUCAAGGAGUAGUUUCAUUAACUUUAAACAUUCAAAAUGUUAAGAGUCCAUUUUUAGUUGGUUAAUGUGGUCUGUCCUCAUUUAUUUUAGAUGAUGAUGGUCUUUUAAAAAACUAAUUUAAAGGGGAAUCCCUUUGGAGCUGAG